UUUUUUUUCUUUUUUUUUUUUAUUUUAUAAACAUACAAAUGGCUAUUGGAAAAUUAAUUGUAACUCCCGAAACGCUUCGUGGAAUCCCUUCUGGUUUUGAUGAUGCUAGUUUCUUUGUUGGAUGCUAUAUUGAAGAAAAUGAGAAACAUAGAACUCGUUCCGAAAAUGGUCCCCAGCCUUAUUGGAAUAGCCCUUUAACUUGUCAUGUUCCUGAAGGAAAAAAUAUUUUGAAUUUGGAGUUGGUUAAUGAAAAUUCCAAUCGAGGUGGUAUUAUUGCUACUGCUAAAGUUUCUUUGAAAGAAACCUUUGAGCAAGGUAAAGAGCAACGUUGGGUUCAGUUAAAUUCCAUUUCCUCUGGUCAAGCCUUUGGUGAGCUUAAAUUAAAUCUUAUGUUCUCUGGUACUAACUCAAUUGGCUCUGUUACCUCAUCAUUCGGUGACAUGAAUUUGGGCGGACAACAAGUACCUUAUCAACAAAAGGCUUCUCAUCAUCCAUCCUCUUCUGAUGAUAAUAAUAGUAGUCGUCAGGGUUCAUUUGCUUCUUUGGGUCCUGCUAACCCUAUUCCUCAUAAUUAUGGUGCAGGUAGUCCACCUCCUUUCACACCCCCUGCUGCAGUUCCUUAUCCUGGAAAUGAGAGCAGCCAUCGUAUGCCUACUAGUCCUUCUACACCUUUAAUGAAUGAAGAUGGUGUUGUUAAUCCAGAAAAAAUGUCUAAAGGUGAAUUUGAGGAAGCUAAGGCUAGAGGCAAGCUACCCAGUUGGGCUAAAUAUGGUGGUGGCGCCUUAGCCGGCCUUGCAGCUGUAGGUCUUACUGCUUGGGGUGCACAUGAACUUAAAGAUCACUUUGAUAGUAAAGAAGAUGAAGAAAAGUACAAGAAACAAGAAAAACCUUUUGUCCCUCCUUCUGGUUUCCUUCAACCUGAGUCUAAUAAGCAACAGCCUUAUACCAUUCAUAAUCAACAGCCACAACAACAACAACAGCAACAACAACAACAACAACCACAAAAACCACAACCACAACCACAGCCACAAAAACAAUACCCUCAGCCUCCUCCUCAACAACAUCAUUUUGAAAAGAAAGAACAUAAUGAUAAAAAAGAAGAUCAUCAUCAUGAAAAGAAAGAAAAAUGUGACAAGAAAGAGAAACGUGACAAGAAAGAAAAGAAACAUAAAAAACACAAGAAUGACAGUAGCAGCAGCAGCAGCAGUAGCUCUGACUCUUCAUCCGAUUCUGAUGACGAUAAACGUAAAGAAAGAAAGGAAAAGCACCACAAGAAGAAAGAUAGUGAAUGGAAAUAAUUCAUUUUAUUAUGUGUACAAAAAUAUAUAUGAAAUUUGUACCACAAUUAUAAUAAAAAAGAAGAAGCUAUUGAUGCUUACAUUAUUACAUGUAAAAAUAAUAUAAAA